AUGUCGGUGUUUUUCAAUGAGAUAGGGCCGGAUAACCCGGUUAAGAAAGGGGAUGCCGAGGCUCUUUUGGAAAAACACCUUGGUGUCGAACUUGAUCCAAAAGAGUCUGUUGAUUACUAUGAACUCCUCGCCGCGGUCCAUGACUGCGCAGAGCAUCUUCUAAGUCUGCCAGACUAUCAGCCGGUAUCUGACCAACAGCGGUACCCCCGUGAAAACGUCCACCGGCCAGCGGAGGACAGUAAGGUAUUUGGUGCAGCCUGGGCCCACAAAGUCUUGAUACGCGGUGCCCAGGACACUGGGAAUGGUGCGGCGCGGCACUUGGCAGGCAAAAGUGUUUGUAUCAAAGACUGCAUCGCUGUUGCAGGGGUGCCUCAGUUCUACGGCAGCGAUGCCUUUGAUCCAUGGACCCCUGUAACCGACGCGACAGUUGUCACCAGGGUACUCGAUGCCGGUGCAGAUAUCCUCGGGACUGCAACUUGCGAGCACUUUUGCAAUUCGACAGCGUCUUUUACGAGCGCCCAAGGGACUGUGGAAAACCCUCAUGCCACUGGAUACUCGGCAGGCGGUAGCACAUCGGGCGGGGCUGCCCUGGUGGCAGGAAAAAUCACUGAUAUCGCCAUUGGCACUGAUCAAGGCGGGAGCAUCAGGGUGCCGUCAGCCCUCUGCGGAUGUGUUGGUAUGAAGCCAACUUAUGGGCUUGUUCCAUUCACUGGGAUCACUAGCGGUGACGCUAUUGAUGAUCAUGCUGGUCCCCUGGCGCGCUCCGUCUUGGACGUGGCCAAGUGCCUAGAUGCCCUAGCAGGCUAUGACGGCAUUGACGACCGGUCAGUCGGCGCGGGGAAACACAACUCCUUUGGCUUUGCUGAAGCGUUAGUGUCAAACUCGGAGACGGCAAAACCUCUAUCCGGAAUCAAGGUUGGAAUACUGGCCGAGGGAUUUAACCAAGAUAUAAUACAUCAAGAUGUCAGAGCCGUGGUCCGCGCUGCUAUCGAAAAAUUUGAAGAACUUGGAGCAACAGUCGAGGAGGUUUCCGUGCCGGAGCACCUGGACGGGCCUGCUGUCCCACGGACGCCGCGGUCUUUAUCUCACCGAGUUCGAGGAGGCUCGGCUCCCGUGGACCACGGCAUCUUUCCAGCGACUCUUCCCCUCUACAAAAACACCGUCAUCAACGGUCUCUACCUGGCCGACAAGUUCCCAGGGCUGUACGGCCGCACCGUCAACAUUGGGCGGCGGAUACGCGAUGCGUACGAGAAGGUGUUUACCGGCGUGGACGUGCUUGUCCUCCCCACAACCCCCUUUGUGGCGCGUAGACACGGCAUGCGGGACUCCCCGAGAGCCUCGUUUGAGCCUACAAUAGGGAUGACGACAAAUACUGCUGUCUUCAACGUCACUGGACACCCUGCGAUGUCGAUUCCAGUGGGAUGGGCACCAGCCACAGACGACGCCACUCUCUCACUGCCGGUCGGGAUGCAGAUCGUCGGUGCCCUAGGCCAAGACAAGAAGGUGCUCCAGGUCGGACAUGCCUGGGAAUCCUCCUUUGACUGGGUGGAGAAGAGAUGA